AUUCAGAGAUAACUAGAGACGGGAGAGAGAGGGACAGUUAGAGAGGGAGAGAAGAGAGGGGUUGUAUUAGCUUACUGUUUCACUUAGUAGUGACCAUGUGGGAACUGGACAUUAUAGGGAUGACUCUAUCAGAACAAGCCUUUCAGAACCAUAUCCAUCAUUUUGGUCAGAACAAAUGUCUCUGUCUGUGGAUUUUCUCUCACGACUGGACUUCGUACACAGAGACUGUUCUGCCACAUGGGACUAGCACCAGCCUGUAGGAGAGAUGAACCCUGAGUCUGUGGAGGCAUCCAUCCAGGCGCUCCUCUCUGCCCUCUACCCUCCCUUCCACGCCACGGCCCCCACCCUCCUCAAUCAGCUCCUACAGCGGAUCCAGGAGCGUUACCACGGCGACGCCCUCCGCUGCUUGCUGAACUUCCUUGUCCCGGCUAAGCACAUCUUAGAGAGUGUUCAGCAAGCUGCCUGUGCUCAGUUCAGUGGGGUGCUGUUCCAGUCUGAGGGCUGGCCCUUGUGUCUGGGGGACCGUGUGGUGCUCCACCUCGCCCCCCUCAGCCCUCUGCUGCUCCGCCCGGGGGACUUCUACCUGCAGGCGGCUCCGUUCUCCCAGAACGCUGCCCGCAUCCUGGUCUGCAGCCUCCUGGAGGAGGAGGGGCUACACCAAGACAGGAAGCAGCCACCGCAGGUGGAGGAAACUCACAUCCCCGAGACGGCCUACACCUGCAUCUUCACGUCCGAAUGGCUCAGGGAGGUUAACGAGGGGCGCCGCGGCACGCCUCUCAGCCAGUGCUUACUAGUCACCGACCAGGCUGUGGUGAGGUUACCAUGGGAAGAGGUGGCGCGGCCCAAAUUUGUGGAUCAACCCCGAAUCAUGGCCCCGCCUCCUGCUCCUCCUCCUCUCCCGCCCGCCGUCGCUCUUCCUCGUCCAGCUCAGGAGUCCUCGUCAGGUCCCUCUCAGCAUCCCCGUGACUCUGGCUUCUCUGUAGAGACGAGGAUCUGCCCAGCUAAGCAUGGCAUCGCUGUGUCCCUGUGUCUGGUGGACAGGAGCGUCCCCUCCAGGCAGCCGCGUGUGCAUCGGGCCGAGGAGACGGCCCAGGCCAGGGGCUGGGUGUCUGGCCACCCCUGGGACAGCCGCUGUGCCGGGGGGCCUCUGGGGGGAGGGCUGGGUGUAGGGACAGGUGAAACUCCCUUUAGGCAGGAGCCUGAGGGAGAGUACGUGGACCUGCUGGAGUUUACCCAGAAGAUGGACGCCUCGCGUCAUUCUAGUCAAGAGCAGACGCGCACACAGGAACCAAAACGCACACAGGAACCAAAACGCACACAGUCAUUCACAUCGCCGCACACACCGUCGCAUACGCAGGUCCAGUCACCCACACAUCCCUGGAUAUCGUUGUGUAGGCCCAGCCAGCCUGCUCCGGCCCCUCCAGCCCAGCGUGGACCCCAGCCCCUCCACCAGCAGCCCUCUCCCCCCAGAGAGUCCUCCCAGCAGGGACCCCAGCCCCUCCACCAGCAGCCCUCUCCCCCCAGAGAGUCCUCCCAGCGUGGACCCCAGCCCCUCCACCAGCAGCCCUCUCCCCCCAGAGAGUCCUCCCAGCGUGGACCCCAGCCCCUCCACCAGCAGCCCUCUCCCCCCAGAGAGUCCUUCCAGUGUGGAACCCAGCCCCUCCACCAGCAGCCCUCUCCCCCCAGAGAGUCCUCCCAGUGUGGACCCCAGCCCCUCCACCAGCAGCCCUCUCCCCCCAGAGAGUCCUCCCAGCGUGGACCCCAGCCCCUCCACCAGCAGCCCUCUCCCCCCAGAGAGUCCUCCCAGUGUGGACCCCAGCCCCUCCACCAGCAGCCCUCUCCCCCCAGAGAGUCCUCCCAGUGUGGACCCCAGCCCCUCCACCAGCAGCCCUCUCCCCCCAGAGAGUCCUCCCAGCGUGGACCCCAGCCCCUCCACCAGCAGCCCUCUCCCCCCAGAGAGUCCUCCCAGUGUGGACCCCAGCCCCUCCACCAGCAGCCCUUUCCCCCCAGAGAGUCCUCCCAGUGUGGCCGGACGGUCCGUUUCUGUGAGGAGCCCUGCAGCCCGUGUCUGAGACGGAGGCUCAUACUGCAGGACUCAGGAGGACCAUGUGCUACAGGGCUGGAGCCCAAGCCAGGCCACGAGCAGGGUCUGGGGCCGGGGCAGGGUCCCUCCAGGGCCCAGGAACUGAGAUGUCGCUACCGAGAAUCCUACCAGGCGGCACUGCAGAACCCUGUCUGUUUCUCCCGAGAGAGAGAGAAGGAGGAAGGGAGGGAGAGAGAGAAUAGGGCGCAGAGGGAAAACAUUCUGACGGUGGUAGAGGAGGAUUGUCUGACUGAGGGGAAGCUGCAAACAAAUGGUGGUGGGGGAGAACAUUCACAGCACUGUGCGACUCUCCCCCAGCACUGUUCUAUUACCCCCCAGCCAUACCACAGGGCCCUUAAGCAACACUUUAGUGGACCUCAGCAGUUCUGUGCACCGAGACCAAUCUCUGGGACAGCCCCUGUGUGUUCUGCUGUAAAUACACACCCCCCUUCCUGUAAAGAGUCCUCCCUCUGUAAAGAGUCGGGGGAACAUAACCCCGUCCCCCGUGGAACAUCGGGGAACGUGACCCGUGUUCCCCCGGCGGUAUCUGAGAGGACGGGAGCCGUCACAUCCAGUCUGGGUGCUGCAGACCCAGACGCAGACGGGCGGUGCUCCUCUCUCUCCACCACUGUGGUGGACACCUCUGAGCGCUGUCAGCUGGUGGUGCAGGGUCACACCCUCAGGAGGGACAGGAAGGGGAAGGGCCAGGGUCAGACGGCCCGGAGGGACAGCGCUGACUCCUCCUGCUCCGACGCCAUGGUUCCCAGGCUCCACGUGGUGAAGUGUAAAAACGCCACGGCCUUCGGCCUGGUCUCCCCCAAGACCAACAGGCGCGGGAAGACCUGCACAGGUGGCGCCCAGGCUAGUGAACUUCCUGUGCCCUGCAGCAACCAACCAGAAUCAGCCAGCCAGCCACAGAACCAGACCCCUGGACAACACUUCCAGCAGCAGCCCAUUGAGCCUGUCACGUCCAGGCCAAAGGCCCCAGACCUGGGCCUCCCAGACCCCUGCUCCCUCCCUCUCCACCUGGGGCUGGCCUGUCUCACAGGUGGCAGAGACAGGGUGGGCAGGGCUGUGGUGGAGGUGUAUGUAGACCGGGAGGGCUGGAGGUCAAGGGUGUCCAGUCAAGAACUCUACCAGAUGUUGCUGUACUUUUACUCUAUAACCAGGCAAGAGAUCAGAGAACUAGGAAUGACGAUACUCCUAGAUGCUCGUAAGACUCCUCCCCCUCCACAGCUCCACCAGGCAGUGAUGAUGCUCCAGGAGCAGACCUCCCCUGUUGUCCACACGGUGCUGGUGCUGCUGGACAAGGAGAGCAGCCGUCAUCCAGACACACACUCAGCCUACGCAGGACUGCAGACUGAGGUUGUGAGCUCCCUGAGGGCCCUGAACAAGAUGGUGGAUUCCAGUCAGCUGACCUCAGCCCUGGAAGGAACCCUGCCCUACAGCCAUCUUGAUUGGCUCCAGCUUCACAAGAACCUUCAGCCGUUCGUGUCAGACCUGCAGGAAGCGUCUGGUUUGCUCCUCAGAACCAUAGGGAGACUUGAAGGGGUCCAGAGGAUCGGUACCGUCCAGGAAGUGCAGCAGAGCAUCACAGGACAGAGGACUCUGAUGAGAGACGUGCUGACGGACAGCCGCUUGGUUUUCCUGCAGAGGGAAGGCGGAGCCAUACUAGCCAGGCUGAGGAGAGAGAGUGACCUGAGAUACCCUCACUAUAGUGACUACAGUGCUGCGCUGGAGGCUGUGGCCGGUCUAUCCAGCCAAGUGGAGGAGCAGGCUCACGUCCUGGUGAAGAAGUCCAACAGCACGCUGGAACACCUGGAGUACCUGCUGCAGCUACGCCACCUGGAGGAACACUUCACACAGAUCAGAGAGUGGUUCACCGCCGAGGGGGAGAGGAGGCUGCUGGAGGCGGAGGCCGUGGAGGACCCCAGAGAGAGGGUGGAGCAGACUCUGCAGAGCUUCAGCUCCUUCCUCGCUGAGGCCGGCGAGAAGCAGCUGAAGGCAGAGUCUCUGGUGAGGGAGGCAGAGAGACUGCAGGCCUCCUCCUACCCCGAGACGGAGGUCUUUAGGACCAUGGUGAACACCUUCCAGUCCGUCCUGGCUCACUUCCUGUCGCGGGCAGAGAGGUGCCGCUGGGAGCUGGAGGCUCUGCUCCACAUCUGUCACUUCUGUCAAGAGGCCUCACUGCUGGCGGAGGAGUGCAGAAGGUACCUGGAGCAGGACCAGGCUGAAGGCUCACCCCAGGACAGGGAGCUUGCCGCCACCCUCCACAGCUUCCAGGAGAGGUUCCUCCAGUUCUCCCCCGACUGCUUCCAGGAGGUGAAGGCCCAGGCCUGCGCCCUGAGGGGCUCCAGGGGGAUGCGCGUGUGGAACGUGGCCUGGCUGAGGUGUCAGGAGGUGAGGCAGCACCUGGAGGAGAGGCUGGGGGAUCUGGAGCCGUCCUGGCAGCCACAGCAGCGGCACGCCGGCCCCUGGGCUGGGCCGUGGUGUGCAGAGCCAGAGGCCAGGACUGAGACAGCUCCUCCUUCAGGCCAGGAGGAGGCGCUGCUGUGCAGACCUGGUCCUGGCCCAGCGUGGGAGCGUCCCCGGGCUGUCUCUGGUCCAGACCAGGCCAGGCUGCUCAGGCCACUCGGGGGCAGCAGCAGUAACAGUCCCGUGGUCUGCUGUAGCUCCUCCCAGAGGCCCGUGGACAGCACCGCCCAGGGGUCGGACGCCACCAUGACUCUUCCUUACAGGGCAACCAGGAAGACGGAGCGGGAGUCUAGGAGGGGGAGAAGCAGCAGGGCGCGAGACGCCUCCCUCUCCCGCUCUCACACCAUAGGCUGCCAGUGGUUCCCCUGGCAACGCGGUCUGGGGGCGCGGUCGAUGAGCGAGGAGUCGUGCGCCGCGUCAAGCAGCCAAUCCGAGGCCCAGGCGCCGUCGCGCUCCCACGGUCAGCCGUCCCGCAGGGUCCUCCAAGCCGCCCAGCGCUUUCAGAUCUCCCGCCACGGUAGCUUCUGCUCCCAGGACUCAUGCAGCGGGACAGAGGCCCCUGGGGGGGCCGGGAAGGCCACCUCCUCCACUGGGGCCGUGGAGAGUAGCAGCAAGGCUCUGAAGCUGCAGCGCAUCGUGGAGGAGCUGCUGCUGACAGAGAGAGAGUACGUGCGCUCCCUGGCCUACAUCCUGACUCACUACCUCCCCCUGCUGGACAGGCCCGACGUGCCCCAGGACCUGCGGGGCAAGCGAGCGCUCAUCUUCGGCAACCUGGAGCGCCUCUAUGACUUCCACGAGCGCUACUUCCUGUGCGAGCUGGAGGCCUGCCAGCGGGAGCCCCUGCUGGUGGCUCGGUGCUUCCUGCGACACAGGGAGAGUUUGGGUCUGUAUGCUCUCUAUAGCAAGAACAAGCCUCAGUCUGACGCCCUGAUCCUCCAUCACAGACACGACAUCUUCAAGAGGAAGCAGCUGGAGCUGGGGGACCUGAUGGACCUGUCCUCCUACCUGCUGAGGCCCAUCCAGAGAAUCAGCAAGUACAGCCUGCUGCUGCACGACAUGCUGGCUGUGUGGAGCCCCGGGACGGGCGAGGGAGCCAGAGAGAGCGGGAGGGCCGACAUUCAGGCCGCCGCUGACCUGGUCCGCUUCCAGAUGCGCCAUGGCAACGACCUCCUCACCAUGGACGCUAUCCAGGACUGUGAUGUGAACCUGCAGGAGCAGGGUGAGCUGAUUCGGCAGGAUGAGUUCACAGUGUUCUACCGCAGGAAGAGGAGCAUCAGGAGGGUGUUCCUCUUUCAGCACCUCAUCCUCUUCAGCAAGACCAAGAGGACAGACGUGGGAAACGAUGUUUAUGUUUAUAAACAGUCCUUCAAGACCUGUGAUAUAGGAAUGACCCACACCUCAGGGGUGAGCGGUCUGUGUUUUGAGAUCUGGUUCCGAAGGAGGAGGGCGGAGGACACCUACACCCUGAGGGCUGACAGGUCAGAGGUCAAGGCUGCCUGGACCGCCGACCUGGAUCAGCUCCUCUGGGAACAGGCCACACACAACAGAGAGCUGCGUGUGCAGGAGAGGCUGUUCAUGGGGCUGGGGAGGAAGUCCUUCCAGGACAUCAGAUCCAUCUGUGACAGAGAUGACCACCCUAUCCCGUCUGGGACAGUCCCUGCAGCCUGUCAUCUACCCGUAGGAGGAGAACAGGCACGGCCUAACUCCAUUGGCUCAGGAAGUAGCACCUCCACUUCCUGCAGCCAAUCAUCUUCCUCCUCUGGACGAGGCUCGUUACCCCCCGUCGCUUACCUUGGGAAUCAGUCACAAGGGCCAGAGACCAAUCAAGUCGUCUGUUGUUGCCCUGAGGGUGUGGUGGACGAGAGCCUCAGUAAUCAUCAUCAUCUUCAUCAUGUUCGUCCUCAUCCUAACCAGAAACCCAGACUUCAUCUGCUGAAGGACAGUUCGAUGUCCUCAGGCGAGAACGUCAGCGCGCUUAGCAACUCUGAGCUCAGCUGCCUCUCUGGGAUUGGUGGAGAUGUGGUAGACUCCUCCUCUUUCACCUCUCAGAACUCACAGCUGUGUGCCACAAAAGCCAAUCACAAAAAGAGCCAGUCACCUGGGACAACCAGGAGAAGACCCUCCCUGGCCUCCAAAUCCCUGGACCUGACCCCCACCCUGGACCUGACCCCCACCCUGGGCCUGACCCCCACCCUGGGCCUGACCCCCACCCUGGGCCUGACCCCCACCCUGGGCCUGAAGGUGACGUGUGGACUACCAGCUGCUGACAUGACAUAGUCAUCAGACCAAGUAAUGGACUCUACUAUGAAAUCAACAGAUGUUUAACACUAGUCAGUCCUCCGAGACCAGAUAUGUUACUGAUGAUUCUGCUCU